AUGGCCCACGAGAGGGAGUCGCGAACGGCGCUCCCAGGGAUUAGCACGGUAAAGACCUCUUCUCCUGUGUCACGGCACUCCCAUCUUUAUGCUCCUCCGUCUCCAUCCUACACCGCCUCGGACGGCCAAGAGACUAUGGCCUCUCCUCACGAUCGAAAUCGCUCACCGUCAUCACCCUCGACCGACUUGAAGGAUCGAAAGUAUAGCAACGAUUCUGCCGUUGACUUUGACGAUUACCAUUACUCUACUCCCGAAUCGACCCUACGACUGCCGAGCAUUCAGAACCUCCUUCGUGAGGUGGCUCCUGCUGCACCUCCAACGCCUGCUAGUAGCGCGCCUUCUGCUGUGCCAUCACCAAUCGAUCCUCUCCGCAGUCAACACAGUCGAUACGAUGCAGAAGAGCCCAUGUUCGACCGACGCCGGAGAAUGGACGACCGAAGCGCGGGAUAUGCCCGCCUAGAAAAUCCUCACCAAGAUCCUCGCCGAUCAAGCGGCGUUUCUGACUACGACAAGAGACAUACGACAGUGUACAACUCCCCUCAAACUGUAGCGCCGCAGUCGCCGCCCGUUGGGCCACAGUCAAUGGCUCCCACACAAGCACUAAGCUUCCCACCUGGUCAACUACCGAUGCGACCAACUCAUCAGCCUAUACCCACACUUCCGCCACUUCCCAACCAACACCCACUGCCACCGUUCGGUGCCAGGGUGGAAACGCAUGGCCACACGCCAAGAUGGUAUGCAGAAGCUCCAGUCAUUUCCUCGCGCGAGUACGGAUAUUCGCGGGACCCCACAACUGGGCAGUAUGACGCGCAAUCACCGUGGGCGUCCGGUCCCGAGGCAUCCGACAGAUAUCUCGCAUAUGGUCACCCACGUCCGUACGAUGGACAUUAUGGGUCCGGUCAAAUAACGUUUCAGCCUGUCGGACCACACGGAGAUGGACAGAUACCCAGGAAACGGAGAGGUAACCUACCAAAAGAAGCUACAGCAAUCCUGAAGGCUUGGUACAAUGAGCAUAUCGACUCGCCUUAUCCUACAGAGGACGACAAGUUGAUGUUAUGCAACCAGGCCCACCUCAGUAUCAACCAGGUUAGCAACUGGUUUAUCAAUGCCCGAAGGCGGGCUCCAGGGCGUGAGGGAAGAGGAAGUCAAUCUUCUAAAGGCAGUCCUCCAGCAGUGGCAGGAAGGCCAGCCUAAAAUCUAUCGCUGGGUUGUUUCUUUUAAUGCCUUACAAGCCGACUUCCCGACGAAGACGGAUGGAAUACACCAGAUAUAAUUCGCACACCUUUCGCACUCACACAAGGCACGAUAACGACAGCUAUAAUAAAAGUAAAAGGGGGGAGGGAGGUGAGCCGAUGAUGGGACAUGGGACAUUGUGGCACUAGGAUGAUAUUUCAGGCUACUCUUUUGAGCUAAGCACAGUUUGAGAGCUUGGAUCCAGGUAGCCGGAAUGGUACGGCUGGAGCAGAGGUGGUACCUAGACUUGAACUGGGGGCAUUGGAUCUAGUGACAGAGCUUUGAUGUGUGGAAUUGGGAUCGGUGACGUGAGAAUGCGUCCUACACAGGGAGAAGGACUAUGGAGCUUUUUUUUGUUAAAUUCUGCAAUUGGUUAUCGAUACCCCCAGGUUUAGUUGCGAGAUAUAGGCAUAUUACAUACAGCAGGUCCGGAG